AAAGCACAAAGUGUCGAGCUAGGGGCUUCUUUCCCAGACGCAGGGGCACCGGGAGCCGACGUUCCUCUGGCCCAGCCGGGCGCCCUUCCUCGGACGGCGAUUUGCGCCUCCCCAGUGAGCGCUCCCCCGCAUCCCCAGCCGGGUUCCCGGGACCCCUGGUGACCGGCGGCCUGUCGGGUCACUGGAGUCAGGUCCCCUGGCCUCGGGUCGCGGCCAGCAGCCGGGGCGCGGGGCGGGGCGCGCCAGGGAGGCCGAGGCGGCGCGCUAUUCCUGUCGCUGUGAGCUACCGGCAUGUUAUGUGCGGCGCCCAAUCACGCCUCCGACCCGCCGAGCCGACCCGCGCCCCCCCUCCUUAAUCCCGUAGGCUUUGAUUUGAUCCUCCGCGCGGAACAAGCUCACCUCCCCCCUGCCCCGUAGCCAGUCGUCCCCCGCCCUAGCGGGUGCCCGCAGAACCCGUCCUCUUCGUCCACCCCAGGGAGGUCAGAGCCCUCGCCCCGCGCUCCCGGGACGCCCCGAGCCGGGCCACGUCUGCGCAUCUGGGCUGUCGGAGAUCCAGCACCCCCUGAGUCAGUCCACCCGCAGCUCGGUCCUUCCAGGUGAUGGUGCGCGGCCACUUCGGCCCCUGGCGCGCAGGUGUGGGUUUCCCAAACUGGGCCGGGGAGGGGGCUUUGGGCAACGCGCUGGCAGCCUCCGAAACAAAACCCUGCACCCCCCGGAAGACUCCAAACUCCGUGCUCUCCGCUACUAGGGGCUUCUGGAAACCGUUCCGCGACCGGGUUUGCUCUGAGAGGGGUACGGGGAGAUCUGCGCACCUGGAUGAAGGAGCCCUGGGCUUUAAGCUGAGCAGGCAAAAAUGGGCCCUUGCUAGGGACUCUGCGGCUCAAGCGGGGGGCCCGGGAGCGCCGUGCCCCGGGAUGCCUCCGGCCGCGCCCGGCUGGCCCCAGCCCCAGCCCGGCCGCUUCCCGCCCUGGGCAUCAUGAGUUACUUCCUGUCUUACUGCAAAGCUCACGGCGGCGCGCUGCUCACCGGCUACCAGGCCCUGCGCGCCGAGGGCUUCUUGUGCGACGUGACGCUGGAGACCGAGGGCAGCGAGUUCCCGGCGCACAGGUCGCUGCUCGCGUGUUCCAGCGACUACUUCAGGGCCCUGUUCAAGAGCCACACUCGGGAAUCCCGAGCGAGCGUGAUCCACCUGCACGUGCCGUCGGCGGCCGGCCUGCAGCGCCUGCUGGACUUCAUCUACACCGCCUGGCUGCCACUCUCCAUGGACACCGUGGAGGACACGCUGGAGGCCGCCAGCUACCUGCAGGUCACCGAGGCCCUGGGGCUGUGCGGCCGCUACCUGGAGCGCCAGCUGGGCCCGGAGAACUGCUGCUUCGCCGCCAACGUGGCGGCGCGCUUCGGCUUGGUGCACACGCUGGGCGCCGCCGAGCGCUGCAUCGUGCGCUACUUGAGGGAGCUGCUGGCGCGGGGCGCGGGCCCCGCGGGGCUGCUGGAACUCAACCCCGCGUCGCUGAGGGCCGUGCUGGGCGCCCCCGACGUGGCGCGGGUGCCGGAGGCCCGGCUGCUGGGCUUGGCGCUGGCCUGGCUGCGGCAGGAGCCUAAGGCCGAACGCCUGGCUCACUGCGCCGCGCUGCUCGAGCGCGUCCGCUUCGGCCUGGUGCCCGCCGACGUGCUGCGGCGGGUGUACUCGGGCUCCGGCAUCGCGCUGCCCGCCCGCGUCAAGGGCCUCAUCAUCCAGGCCCUCAACUACCACACGGCGCCCUCCCGCCAGCCGCUCGUGCAGGGCGAGCAGACCAGCGUCCGGAGCCCCCAAACCCGUAUCUUGUUAGUCGGGGGGCGCAGGGGGCCGGAGGUGGUGAUGGAGGAGGUCGCGGCCCCACGAGGGGGGGCAGCCAGGGGAAGGGGAGCCGCGGCGGAGCCCGAGGAGGAGGAAGAGGAAGAAGAGGAGCAGCUGGAGGAGGAGGAGGAGGAGGAGGAGGAGUGGGAGCUCACCCAGGACGUGGUGGCCUUCGACGUGUACAACCACCGCUGGCGCAGCCUCACGCGAGUGCCUGCACCACUCCUGGGGCACAGCGUGUGCGCCGCCGGCAACUUCCUGUUCGUCCUGGGCGGGGAGAGCCCCUCGGGCGGCGCCUCGUCUCCCCUGGCCGACAGCCCGCGGGCGGUCUCAGCCCAAGUGCACCGUUACGACCCGCGCUUCCACGCUUGGACAGCAGUGCCCGCCAUGCGGGAAGCGCGGGCCCACUUCUGGUGCGGCGCCGUGGGCGAGGGGCUCCUGGCCGUCGGGGGCCUGGGCGCGGACGGCGAGGCGCUGGCCUCGGCGGAGAUGUACGACCUGCGCCGGGACCGCUGGACGGCGGCCGGGGCGCUGCCGCGGGCGCUCCAUGGCCACGCGGGGGCCGUCGGGGACCGCGGCACCGUGUACAUCUCGGGGGGCAAGGCAGGGAGAGGCGAGGGCGGCGCGAGCAGCCUCCGGGACUUGUACGCUCUGGGCCCCGGGGAGCGGGCGUGGAGUAAGAGGGCGUCCAUGAGCACAGCCCGCUUCGGGCACCACAUGGCGGCCCUGCGUGGCGCGGUGUUCGCUUUUCUGGGGCGCUACGAGCCCUUCUCCGAGAUCGAGCGCUACGACCCCGGCGCGGACCAGUGGACUCGGCUGCGGCCGCUGCCCUACGACCGCUUCUGCUACGGGCUGGCGGUGGUGGAGGAGACGGUGCUGCUGCUGGGCGGCCUCAAGUGGCGGGAGUCGCGCCAGGUGCCUACCCGCAACGUAGUGGGCUAUGACCUCGACCUAGACCGCUGGGAGGACAUCGGCUGCCCACUGCCCUGGGCCUGGAGCGGCCUGCAGUGUGCAGUGCUGCAGCUGGCCGAGGGAGGGGACGAGGAGAGGGAGGGAGAGCCUGGAGGGGCGCCAGAUUUAAUGUUGGGUUUCAUGGGUUAGGGCAGUCUCCGGACCAUGGAGGAGAAAGUCGCGCUUGACCAGGCUUUCAGAGCAACACGUGAGCUUUUCCUAAGAAUGGGACUCUGGGAGCAGAGUGGCUUCUGAAGGUUAAGGAGGCAAACAAGGGCUUGGCCAAAGGGGAACAUUUCCCCUUAAGCUGAGAAUGGGAGACAGGAGAGGUCAAAUAGAAGGAUAUAUGAAUCAGCUUCAGUGAGCUGGGGAUUUCUAUAAGUUCUCAUGCUGGGCUUUUGAAAAUAAAAUAUGACCCUAUUUUCCCUCUAGGUGCUAAAUAGUGAUUACUUUUGUGCCAAACAAACAAACGGCCAAAAAAUAUACCCUAAGAAGUUACAUAUAAGACCCAGAAAAUUGUUAGCUAUAAAGACUGUAAUAAAUAGUUGUAGAAGAUGGCAUUAUCUGAAUAAGUACUGAAGAGAAUGUGCCUUGGUUAAACAGCAUGAGAUCAUUGUAAGGGAGACUAUGAUUUUAUAAUUCCAGAACCAUGGUUAUAGUUCUGCUCUGAUGGUUUAAUAUAAGUAUGGAACUGAGAGGGAAAAAAAUCUCUAAGACAGCACCUUUUUGGGGGGGGCGAGUAGCCUAGGUUAAGUUUUUCUGUCCCUCAUCCUUACUUACCCCUGGUCUACUUUUGCCCUGGCUUUAGGCAGCUCGUUGGUUUUAAGUUUUAUUUCAGCAAGCCUUAUUCCAUAAUAAUCAAGCUCCUCUGGUUAAGUGGGACAUCUAAGAAAAACAAAACCAAACCCUAUUUUUGCAUCCUCUUUAAAUGUUCAUUCUGCAGACAUGCUGUAGGUUGUAUUUGUAAAAAAAAUUAACUUAUUUUUGGCAGUUCUUUCCUCCCCCUCCCCCAAUUCCCAAAAGAAUCACAGAGAAAGGAAAGAGGAGUAGGUGAAAUUUUAAAGUUCAUGUCUAAUAAAUGGGGAACCAGCUUCAUUUUGCGGGGUCUCAGAGAAGGUACUUAUAUACACUGAACAGGUGCUGCUUCUGGCUUGUACCAGCAAUGGAGUGGUCACUGGGGGAAUGGCGGCUGUGUGAUUAGGUCACAAAGAAAUGUGGUGAGGACUGUGCAUGAAUAAAGUAGGUGCUUUAUAAAGAUUCAUUAAGAGCUGAAUUUAUUUGACUUCAGUUUACAGUGCUGCCUCUCUCCUAGAUUUGAAACUAAUGCAAUAAAAUAUACAGAUAUAUAGUUAAAAGGUUUCUUUCAUGCUAGGCUAGCCACGAGUCUUUAAAAUUCAUUAGUUUAAUUUUUACCAUUUAAAACAACAGAGCCAACUUUACAAAAGUAAAAGCUGCUUAGUAGCAACAUAGCUAGUCUCUCCAUCAACUGCUCACUGUUUACAGGGCACAACCUGGCCACUGUAUCCAUGACACAUCCAUCAGGUACAGAUAUUUUUAAGUGAAUGUACACAUUAGGUCUAGUAAACAUCAACAAGUCUAACACCUGUAACAAGCACACUUCAUUUCAGGACAAGAGGUUUUUGUUUUCUGUUUUUUUUACAUAUACAAAACCCCACAAAUUUAAUGUGUCAAUAUCCAUGCAGUAAAUAAAUGUUUUUACAAAUAGACUUUUUUAAAUGAUAAAAAUAUUACACUGGACCCAAAAUUCCAUACAAACA